UUUCACAUCUCAACGCUCAAAAAUUACCAAAUAAUUCAAUAAAAUAGAGUCCAUUAGCUUUUCUACCGUUUAUCAAACAUCAUUAGAAGCAAAUUGUGUGCAAAAAACCAUCGAGAUCCGCGUCAAAGGCAACCACAAAGACCCAAAAUAGCUGUAAAAAUAAUCUCUCUGUGUGUAUGUGUGUAGUAGUCGUGUAUGUGUAACAGUGACGAGAAAAAAAAUUUACAUUAAAAUUUACAAUUAAUUACAUUUAGCGCAUAAUUUUAAGGCAAAAUAGUCAAAAUAAGUUGUGUAAAAAUAUUUCUACCUGCAAUUUGAGCGAUUUUCGUGCAAAGCGACGACCAAUUCUGGGUUUUUCCAGCGACAAAGAAAUUUCUUCCUGAUUAUGCGUCAGGAUUACUCGCAAGGUUAUCGAGAAAAAUUCCAGAAAAUUGCGAAAUCUGUAAAAAAUUAAAGACUUUUGGACAAAAAUUCGCAGACGUUACGUGUAAAAAAAAAAUAAAGUUCAGUACGUGUGUGUUCGUGUAACAAAAAAAAAAGUUCAUUGUGAUAUUGUCGCUGCUGCUUUCAGUGUGACAUAGCCGAAAAAAAAUUAGAAAGUCCAACGCACGAUACAAGUUCCUUUGUCGCAUUUUUUCAAGAAAAUCAACAAAAACCCGCUAGAAACUGUGAUACGUGAAGAAAAAAGAAGAAGAAGAUUCCAAGCGACAAAAUGUCUGACACUCCAAGCAGUUCAGAGACUCCGCCAGGAGGCAUCGACGACUCCCUCGACAAUGAAUCGUCGUCAGCGAGCGAGAAAAAGGACGAACCGUUUCAGGAUCCCGCGAUUUUGUGUCAACGUCGUGCGAAUUCGCCGCCCUCCUUCGAUCGCCGUUACCGCUAUACCCAUUCGGAGUUGAAGGCGUUGCGUGAUGAUCCGUUGUGCAAACGUUUGCCGGAUUGUUACGAUACGCGACUCGUUAUUUGGCGUCGAUUUGGUCGUGGCGGCGAAGAAGAAGUCGAUCCGCGUCCCUCGAAUGGCGCCCGAGAACGUGGCGAGCCACGAGAACGACGAAUUUACGACAAUAGUUCGCGCGGCGAGAUGAAACGCGGCAGCGAACGAGGCGACAAGGAUCCACGGGAACGCUUGAAGAAGGAAGAUAACAUCAUUUUGUCGCCGCAACGACGUUCCUUCAACAUGGGAUGCCAAAUGCCUGCUGCGCCUGCUUCGAAUACGACACCAGCUUUAGGCUCUUCGUUGUUGCGAAAUGAUCGCGACAUCAUCAACAGUGGCAGAGAUCGUCGCAUCGGCAGCGGAAGAAUUCUCGCACGGGACGUUGCCUGGGAUUAUCGUCCGGAAAAAGGAGAUCCCGCCGAUGGUGAUUCGUACCAAAAUUACCGCGGCAACUCCUCCAACACGCCCGCCUCGAGUAAUUAUCGCGAACGAGAUCGCGACGAAAAAUACGAGUCGCGUCGCAGUUCCAACAAUUACGACACGCCGCGCGAUCGACGCGAUUACGAGUCGUCGUCGUCAUCACGGGAAAAAGACUCGUUUGCAUCGCGACAAUUCGAUCGGGAUCGCAGCGAACGCUCCGAACGCAAUUCCCGCUAUUCAUCCAACAAUGGACGUCCUUCGUACAACGAUCGUCGACGCUACAGCGAAAAGGAUGAAGAGCCCGAAUGGUUUAGUGCGGGCCCAACUUCGCAGCUGGAAACCAUUGAUUUGCACGGAUUCGAUGACACUUUGCACGAAGAAAAGCCCGAAAGUCGCAAAAAUGGCGAAAAACGUUCGCAAAAAAAUGAAACGGAAGAAAAAUCUCGCAAUGAAGCGGAAAUUGAGGAAGAAAGUCGUGCGGAAUCGAAUAAUAAUCCGAAAGCGAAUGAAGUGAACAACAACAAAGACCGCGAAACGGACCACAAAUUUGAUCCGCCGAAGAAUUUGUUGGGCGAAGUGUUGAACAACGACGACAACGACUUCAAUUUUGACGAAUUUUUGAAUUUUGACUCGAUUUCUGGGCUUCUCAGUGCGAAUCAAGAGUCAAGUCAAGCAAAUCGUGAGCCAAUCGGUGCAGGCGGAUCUCGUUUCAGUCAAUGGUUCAGUCGAGAUUCUCCAACGCCAAAGGAUUCCGCUAAAAAAGGGCUUUUCGAUAGUCGUCGAUCGUCGUUGCAUGACGAACUAAACAACUUAAUUGGCGAUCAAAUGAAGGCUCCGGGUCCCGCAGGUGCGCAAGGUCAAGAAUCGAACAAGUAUUUUGCUCCCAUUUCGCCUGCUGCGAACACCGCUCGUCUUCGCGAGUCUUUCAUGGAGGUAAUGACAGGCAUGAAAGACGGCGGAAAUGUUCGAGGCAACAUGACAGAUCGAAAUUUGAUGUUCCUCAUGGCACAAGAGGCGCACCAACAAAAAUCAAGCGGUUUGAAUUCUCCAAGUUUGUCGCAAAUGCCAAGUGUAGAGGAACUCGAAGCACGUUUGCGUGGCGGCGAACCAUCUCCGCCCGGGCGAAAUGUUGUCAACAACAAGCCAAAUAUGCCACGAAUGCCGCAGCAACAGCAAAUGCUCGAUCCGGAAACGGGAGUUCCCGUGAUGCAAGAUGCCAUUGCGUUCAAACGUCUCCUUGCGCAAAUGUCUGACGGUAUGCCGCCGGGUCCCGCACAGCAAAUGCCAAAUUUACAGCAAAUUCAGCAACAGCAACAGGCAAACUUGAUUCAGAUGCUGAGUGCGAAACAGGCGCAAAAUGGGCAACAAAACCCGGAGGAACUCAAAAAAAUGCUGAAUUUCAUGCAACAAAUGCAGGGAGCGAAUAACGGGCAAAUGGCGCCUCCGCAUCCCCAAGGACGCCCAAUUCAAGGACAAAAACCGCCGCAACCGACGCCCCAAGAUCCCCUUGCGAACAUGUUGCACGUCAAUCAGAUGCCCGCGACGCAUCUCCAACCGGAUUUACGCAAUACGGAAAUUUUGCAACGACCUGAGGCGCAACUUUUGAUCCAGAGCAUCAUUCGGGGCGAGAUGAAACCCGCAAAUUUGUGGCAACAAAUGGCGAAUCCGCAAACGACGCCGCGACAACGCGAAAUGCUCACUGCUGUCUUGAACACGUUUAAUUCCAGUCCGCGCGUUAGUUCGCCAAAUUUGUUGCUUCCGCCGCCCGGAGGAGCGCCAAUUCCGCCGCUUGUGCCCAAUGGCGGCUUAAAUCCCGAGCUACAGGCACAAAUUUUGCUGCAACAGCAAAAACAACAGAUGCGUGUUUCUCCAUUGCCAAACGCAUUCACUGUGCCACCGGUAGCAAUGGCGACAAAUAAUCCACUAACAUUGCAUGUACCAGGAAUUCCUCAACGUAUUCCUUCGCCACGCGAAUUGCAGUUCCAUACGCAGUCCAUCAUGCAAAAUGCCCUCAUCCGCAAGAAGUUGGAAGAGCAACGCGAGAAUUUCCGCAAACGUCAGGAGGCGCAACAAGCACAGCAAGCGCAAAAUCAGCCACAAACGACGCCAAAUCCCGUAACUUCAGCUGCUCCGGCUCCAAUUACGCCCGCGCAACAAGCUUCUCUCGCGUCUCCCGUGAAACACACGCAAUCGCCGACGCCUCUGGCAUUCACUCCGACCUCGGUAUUGCGCAAAAUGACUGCCGCUGCUGAGAAAAUUGGUCCCGAAGAUGCCAAUUCAGCAUCAAUUGUCUCGUCAUCGGCUGGUUCGUCGGCUCUUUUGAACAGUAUCGCGAAUGCCGGCAACAACAAAGCAAAUCCACAACAACGAAUGCCCCCGCAAAACGGUCCGCAGUUGGCGAAUCAAAUGGCAAACAUGCAAAUUGGUCCUCAACCCAUUCGAGGAGUUUCCCAAAGGAAUCCGCAAGGUCCUUCAGUUCCGCCGCAGCAACAACAAAUGCCGGGCGGCGGCGGAAAUGCUGCGGCAAACAUGGCUUGGUUACAACAACAAAUGCAAAAUCAACAAAAUAAACCGCAAGUAGGCCGUCCAAUUGUCAAGCAACAAGCAAGUGUUCCGGGCCAGCAACAGCAACCACAAGCGAAUGCCGCUCCGAAUCCCCAAAUGAUGCAACAAUUUAAUCAACCGUUCGAUUUUAAUGCCGCCAUGCAACAACAAGCGCGUAAAAAUGCAGCUGCAAAUGCUCCGGGCAAUCCCAUUCAAGGGGCAGGAGGAAAUUCAGCAUUGACUGCACAUCAAAUUCAACAAUUGAUGGCGCAUCGACAACAAGUGCAAGCGGCACAAGUACAGCAGCAACAGCAAAAGUACUUGGAAAUGCAACGUUAUCGUCAAAUGAUGGAGCAACAGCAAAAUUCUCAGCAACAACAACAACGACCUAACGCAAUGCCCGGAUCUGAAAAUCCAUUAGGAGAUCGCGGCAUCAUGAAUUUCGGUCGUGACGGAAACUUGUCACCAACCAGUAACCAAUUGGCACGUUGGUUCUCACCAGAAUUGCUUGCGCAAGCAUCUGCCAGCAAGAACAACAUCAAUUUGACACAAGCACUCAGCUUGGAGGAGCUUGAACGCAGCAUGCAACAUUCCUCAACACCUGUACACAACUAAAAAAUGCGAAACGUGGACCCGAGGAUGAUUGAAACUCUUUUUAUUUGAACAUUUUUCUGUUGUACAUAUCUAUUUUGUAUGAGAUUUAAACAUUUUUUUUUAUUUUUGACAAAAUUUUUAACAAAAAAAAAAUUAAUCCAAUAAAAGACAGUCGCACUUUUAUUAUUCAAAAGGCACUAUUUAGAUGUAAA